ACUGAAAGUGUGCCUGUGAGUACCCCUGCAACACAGAUUUCCCAGUUGCAGGCACUGGCCUCUGAGCUGAAGGCAGGAUUCACAGAAGCAAUGCAGGAGCUGUCACGCAUCCAGCAUGGAGAGUAUGCCCUGGAAGAGAAGGUCAAGAGCUGCCGCUGUGCCAUGGAAGAGAAGGUGGCUGAGAUGAAGAAUUCCCUCAACACGUUCAAGGAGGAGCUCAGCGAUGCAAAGUCAAUGAUUGAAGAAAUCAGUGCCAAGCAGGAGGAAAUGCAACAGAAAAUUGAGCAGCUGCAGCAAGAGAAGCGGCGAGAAUCACGGAAAAUGAAAACUAAAAGAGCACAGAAGGAUGACCACGGGUCACAGACAGUGCCAACACCUCUCCAGGGUAGCCCAUUUCGAUCCAUCAACCUCCCAGAACCUGUGCUGAUUAAUGAAGAUUUUACAAGUCUUUUACACAAUGUGACUUAUGAAAAAGUAUCUGACACCAGGAUCAUGCCCAUGGGAGAAGGAGGUGUGAAAGUCAUAGCAGGCCCAGGAGCAGCCAUAGAGACAGAUGACAGCCUCAAGCCUUCCCUGGCAACAGAGGGGCAGUCGAAAAUGCAUCUGCCAUCAACAGUAUGGAAGCAGCCCAAGGACACCAAGGACUGGGGAGAUGAAUAUAUUUCCAAAGAGCAACCAGAGAGAGGGAAAGACAUGGGCCAAAGCAGAUACAGCUCAGCAGACAAUAUAAUAUGUGAACCCUCUUUGGCUGCCAAAAGGCAGAACAUUGCCUUGGAGCUGCUGGAGUCAGAAAGGAAGUACGUCAUCAACCUUUCCCUAAUCCUGAAGAUCAAGGCCACGCUGCAAGGGCCAGAUGUGAAAAGAAGCACCAAAGAGAGAAGCUUUUUCCCCAACUCUCUGCGGUUCCUGGUGCAGCAGCAUGUGGAUUUACUGCACGCUCUCCAGGAGCGAGUCCUCAGCUGGCCACGACAAGGGAUCCUAGGAGACAUCUUCCUGAAGCUGACAAAUGAUGAGAAUAAUUUCCUGGACUACUACGUUGCUUACCUGAGGGACUUGCCAGAAUGCAUCUCUCUGAUCCACGUGGUGAUCCUGAAGGAGGUAGAAGAAGAAAUCAAGUCUGAUCUCUACAUUCUGUUCUUUCAUAUAGUCCAGCGAAUCCCUGAAUAUCUUAUUCAUCUACAGAAUGUCCUGAAGUUCACGGAGCAAGAGCACCCUGACUAUUACCUGCUGCUGGUGUGUGUGCAGCGCCUCCGGGUUUUCAUCUCACACUACAGCCUCCUCUUCCAAUGCAACGAAGACCUGCUGAUACAGAAGAGGAAAAAGCUGAAGAAGUCAUCCCUGGUGAAGCUGUACAAAGGUCUCACCUCCCAGUGUACAAGCCAGGAGGUUUCCCCAACACCCAGUGCAGCAUCAAUGCGGGACAGUGGGAUCCACACUGAAGAGGCCAUGCAGUCAUUCCCAGCAGCACCUUCCUCUGGCACAACCACCCCGCAUUUGAUGCCGCAGAUGAAGAAACCCCAGCCAACUGUGAUGGAGAACAUCCAGGCUGCAAAGCCCCCUGAAUGGGAGAUGGAAAGCAGAAAGCACGAGAGGCCAGAGAACAUCCUUGCCUCCUCUCAGCUGACAGAGCAGGAGCUCAAGGCCUUGACAGCCCCCCUGCAAUCCAUCCCCGAAAUGGAGUACGAAGCACCGCCGGCUGACGCGGUGGGGAACACCGAGAGAGCCAUCAGAACCUCUGUGGAACUGCUGCAGGAUGCCAGGAACUUUGCCCCAAGCUACGAAGAGUUUGACUACCCUGGGGAGGUCUUCACCAUGCCAGGCCCCUACGAAGACGACACCUUCCAAAACAUCGCUCUCUUUGAGAACUGCUCCCCGGCCUCUUCCGAGUCCAGCUUGGAUAUUUGCUUCCUUAGGCCGGUGAACUUCACGUCAGAGCCGGAGAGGACAGACCAUGCCUUGCAGCCCCUGCCUAAGAGCUGCACUCCCGUGAGCAGCAGCACCUACAAGCGUGAGAUGUUCCACAGCAAAGGGAAGCAGCUGAGCAGGUCCCUGAAGGAGCUGCCGCGGAGCGCCGAGGGCGUGAGCACCAGACUCUACAGCACGCGGAGCAGCAGCGGGAGCCGUCUGCAGCAGAAGCAGGACAGGAAUGUUCAGCCUCACAUGAUCUCAGCCUCAUCCCGAAGCUCCCAAAGGAGCUACUUCCCCUCACAGAGAGGAGCGGGUGAAAAACCCAGCUUUUUGGAAGAGCUCCAUGCAGAAGACAACACCAGGUUCUGCCAGAAGGAUGACAAUGAGCAAACAUCCUUCAGCGACCACAACCCGCGGCACGAGCCCAAGGGGGGGUUCCGCAGCUCCUUCCGCAAGCUCUUCAAAAAGAAAUAAGCAGCCCCAAGAAAGGCAGGCCACAGCCAAAGCACAGCAGUGCUUCCCCAGGCCCCCGAGGGUGGAGACAGACAGCAAGGCCCCAGGAUCCCCCUGGCUAACACAGAGGGUGGAGGGUGGGGGAGAGGAGACUCACAACUGCCUUACAAAUGCAUCCUGCUCUUUCUAGCACAGGGCAGGGCCAGGCUUUGGGUUGCAGUGGAGCUCAACCAGCAGGUCCAAUAAGCACAGGAACUUGCUAGCUUUCAUCCCUACCUGACUGAACUUCCCUCAGUUUUGGAAAGCUCUGGCCAAACCUUAGUAUCUUCUCCUCCCCCUCAUCCCCCAAAACUGCUUGAUUUGCUCUUCCAAACUCAAGGCAGGUCUUAUUUGGGCUCACCCACAACAGAAGGGUUACUUUUGCAGCCCUGGCAUCCUGGCCAGCAGUCUAAAAUUCCCUUCUUUCCUCUACCUUCCAAAAAAAAACACCAUCAAAGAUGUAUUCCAGGAGGCCAGCUUGCAUUACCCAGGUGGUUUGAGAAGGUCUAAGAAGCAACAGCUGAAGCACCUGAGCAUUGCACUGCCUAAUCAGCAACAUCCUUUCUUUUGGACUUCCAUCACUCCCCAAAAUCCUAUUUCACCUUCUAUGUGAAUGCUGUUUUCCUGCUGUAGGAAUCACUGCUUCUGUCUCAGAAUCACCAGUGUCUCCAGGCAGGUGAUGCAGGCAGGGCCCAGGGCCUGCCACAAUAGACUCUCCCCCACUUUAUCCCCAGUGUGAAUCAAUGCAGGCCCUGGGAGUGCCAAACAGUGUCCUGGCUCCCAGUCUGUGACACACUUGGAAUACACUUUGCUAACUCUUUGGCCUGACACUCUCAUGAGCCCCAUCACGUGCAGCUUUGGAAAGGUUCUUCCAGCUAAAAAUGGAGGCACUAGGGCAGGAAAGUCGAUGGUGCACCAUGUUCAGAGUCACAGCCCUCCUCCUUGUGCAAGGACAGAUCAAUGAGGCCACACACAGGCCACCCUCCUCACACCUGGACAGGACAAACCCUCAGGACCUCUGAUCUCUGCAGAAGGCUGAGAGAAGCUCUGCUGUGAUACCUGUGUCGCACACCAGCAGCGAGAGCACCACUGGCACAGUGGUGUUACCAGUGCAGUACUGGUGAGCUCUGCUGUCACCCGCAGCUGGGAUGUUCUGAGGGCAGUUUCAAGAGCAAUUGUGGUUUUAUCACCUUGUUUUCACAAGCUUGGGACACUGGUCUGUCUAAAGGACAGCUUCACCUUAAAAAGUUGUGAACUGUCUCCAUGGGGCCAACAGCAAUGCCUUGGG